AGGGCGCAGCAACCUCCACCCCUCUCGCAUAUCCACGGAUCCGGGAGCUGCUGCCGGAAUGACGAGCAGGGACAGGAUGAUGGGGACCCUUGGGCACUGCUGCCCAUCCUGCCAAGGCCAUGAGGUGCAGGGAGAUGCACCAGGAGAGCGUCUCUGGAUCCCUGUGCAAGAUCCAGGGCUGAGGCUGGGGAUGAAGCUCAAAUGGGAAAGCCCGAGCUGCGUGUGCCUGCAAUGAAAUUAUAAAUCCACAUCCCGGAGCAAGCAAGCAGCAGGAGGCACCAGGAACCUCCAUCAGCAGAAGCGCUGGGCUGCAGCAAGGGAUGGGAGUUGGGAGUGGAACUGACAAGGCUGUGAGAGCUGUUGGCAUUUCUCCUGACAAAAUCCUGCACAAACGGAGCCAGUCCAGGUGAAACCACGGCGUUGGACCCACCUGGUUUUCAGUGCUGAGCCCCAUUCCUUCCCCCUGAGCUCUGCCCUCUGUUUCCUCAGCUGUAAAGUGAAGAAGAUGCUGCCAAACCCUGCUUGAAAAGCGCUGUCAGACACAGCAAAUGUCACCAAAUGGCUCAGGUGGUGCUUGGUCAGCUGGCACACAGCACAUCAAGGGCACAGGACGCUCUGCAUCAGCUGCCCACAGCCCCUGAGGCCAGGGACCAGCAAGGCUAAGGCCAGCCUGGACUGACCAGUGAUGAGUGGAGAGGAGCAACAAUUCCACCCUGCAAGUCAGAGCCAAGGAGGGAAUUGGCCUCUGCCAUCCUCAAAGCCCAAUUAACCAAAUCACCACAGCUCAGGAGGCUUCGGCAGGAGCGAAGAGGAGCAAGAGAACUCCAAGGAGGAAUAGCAAUGAAAGAAACUCUUUGGGGGCCUGUCACUGAGAGAGGAUUUCAAAUGAGCAGCCUGUGACACCUCCCCGUGAGGAGCCGAGGCUGGCUGUGCUGGACACUUCACCAUUUGAACAUUCCCAGGCUCCAAUGCCUCAGCGGAUCCCAAUGCCGGAGCAGCCCCGGACCUGCAGAACGGCGCAUGGCAGAACGGCAGUGAGCCCCUAGACCAUGCCCCACACAAUGACAUGGUGGCUCCUGGUGCUGGCCCUGCACGUGGUCCUGCUGUCCCCGCGGGCGGGCGCCUGCCCCGCGCGCUGCGAGUGCGCCCCGCAGCUGCGCUCGGUGCUGUGCCACCGCAAGCGCCUCACCGCCAUCCCCGAGGGCAUCCCCACCGAGACCAGGGUCCUGGAGCUCAACAAGAACCGCAUCCGCUGCCUGAACCCCGGGGACCUGGCCCCGUACCCGCUGCUGGAGGAGCUGGAUUUCAGCGAGAACAUCAUCUCCAAUGUGGAGCCCGGCGCCUUCAGCAACCUGUUCCACCUGCAGACCCUGCGGCUGCGGGGGAACCAGCUCAAGCUCAUCCCCCCGGGAGUCUUCACCAAGCUGACCAACCUGACCCUGCUGGACAUCAGCGAGAACAAGCUGGUCAUCCUGCUGGACUACAUGUUCCAGGACCUGCGCAACCUGAAGAGCCUGGAGGUGGGUGACAACGACCUGGUGUACAUCUCCCAGCGCGCCUUCUCGGGGCUGCUGGGCCUGGAGCAGCUGACCAUUGAGAAGUGCAACCUGACCUCCAUCUCAGCCGAGUCGCUGUCCUACCUCCAGAACCUGGAGGUGCUGCGGCUCCGGCACCUCAGCAUCUCUGCCCUGGAGGACCAGAACUUCAAGAAGCUCUACAAUCUCCUGCAGCUGGAGAUCGACAACUGGCCACUGCUGGAGGAGGUGUCCCCCACCAGCUUCCAGGGCCUGAACCUCACCUCGCUCUCCAUCACCUACACCAACAUCACAGCCGUGCCCGCCGCUGCCUUGAGGAACUUGGUGUACCUGCGGUACCUCAACCUGUCCUACAACCCCAUUAGCACUGUGCUGAAAGGCUCCUUUAAAGACCUCAUCCGGCUCCAGGAGCUCCACAUCGUGGGCGCUCUCCUGGUGUCCGUGGAGCCGCAGGCUUUCUCCGGCCUGAGACAGAUCCGGCUGCUCAACCUCUCCAGCAACUUCCUGUCCACGCUGGAGGAGAGCACCUUCCACUCGGUCAACACGCUGGAGACGCUGCGGGUGGACAGGAACCCCCUGGCCUGCGACUGCCGGCUCCUCUGGAUCCUGCAGCGGCGGAAGACGCUCAACUUCGACGGGCAGCAGCCCAUGUGCUCCUCACCGCCCGAAAUCCAGGGCAACGCCCUGCGCGACUUCCCGGACUCGGUGCUCUUCGAGUACUUCACCUGCCAGAAGCCCAAGAUCCGGGAUCGGAAGCUGCAGCACGUGACGGCGCGGGAGGGGCAGUCCGUGUCCUUCCUGUGCCGGGCCGACGGGGAGCCCGACCCCUCCAUCGCCUGGGUGUCCCCCCAGCACCGCAUGAUCACCACCCGCAGCACGGGGCGGGCCACGGUGCUGCCUGGGGGCACCCUGGAGAUCCGCUUCGCCCAGGUGCAGGACAGUGGCACCUACAUCUGCAUCGCCAGCAACGCCGGUGGCAACGACACCUACUUCGCCACGCUGACGGUCAAGGGGCGCCCGGCCGACGGCGCCCACCACGCCAACCGGACUUUGUACCUCAGCGACUUCAACGACACCUUCCACAACAACACCCAGGUCUUCUUGAAGUUCACCUUGGACCUCAAGACCAUUCUGGUCUCCACAGCCAUGGGCUGCAUCACCUUCCUGGGCGUGGUGCUCUUCUGCUUCCUCCUGCUCUUCGUCUGGAGCCGUGGCCGGGGGCAGCACAAGAACAACUUCUCCGUGGAAUAUUCCUUCCGCAAGGUGGACGGGCCCACCACCACCACCGGCCAAGGAGGGGCCAGGAAGUUCAACAUGAAGAUGAUCUGAGCCUCUCCCAGAGGAGAACCAUUUUCUGCAGCCCAGCCCCGGGCACGGCCACAGUGGGACGGGGCUGGGAGGGCUGGGAGCCGUGUCCCAGAGCUGGCAGAGUGACUUUGCUGUGCUGGGACAUGGCUGGAGACAGAGGUGCCACAGGCCAGCAGGGUCAGAAGCGUGGGGACCUCAGGGUCAGGGAGGGAUGACCCCGAUGUCUCGGCCCUGUGGAGAGCCCUCAGGGCUCAGGGGCUGUCCCAGGGGCUCCUGAUGUAGCGAGGUUUUUGCUACCAACUAUGCAUUUCUUGAGCCAAAAGAUCAGCAGUGUUUGGGCCUGGGAGAAAAAUGCUUCCUGUUUUCCCACCAUCCUUCCCUUUUUUUGUAAGGGACUCUUCAGAAAACUUUCCUGGUA